ACAUUACAUGCGAUAGGCCAUGUUCAAGUACAACUCCGUGAAUAGCAUGGCAGGACCAAUAAUCCACCCUUGUGUUUCAGGCACUCUUAAACGGAAUCUUCUUGCAGCCAACCUCUUUUCCCACCUACUCUGAUCGCACCAAACACACAAUCACCAUGGCCCAGCACGAUAUUUGCGUCGGCGUUAUUGGCGGCAGCGGAUUGUACAAGCUCGAAGGCAUCGAUGUGGUUGAUCAGGUCAAUCCCGAGACCCCAUGGGGGCUGCCCUCAUCGCCCAUUACGAUCGGCAAGCUGCCUUCAGGUGUGCACAUUGCUUUCCUAGCACGGCACGGUCUAUCGCACCAACACACACCCUCGUCCGUUCCGGCGCUUGCAAACAUCUCCGCCCUCAAGUCACUCGGAGUGCGCGCCAUCCUUGCUUUUUCGGCUGUCGGCUCGUUGCGCGAGGAGAUCGCGCCCAAGGACUUCGUCGUGCCGAGCCAGAUCAUCGACCGGACCAAAGGCAUUCGGAGAGCGAGCUUCUUUGGUGAAGGCAAUGAGAAGGGCGUCGUCGCGCAUGCUGGAUUCGGUGACCCUUUCGAUGAGACUCUCAGGCCUGUCGUCGAAGAUAUUGUGCGAAAGACGCUUGCUGCCAAAGACCUGCCGGUCAAGGUGCACGGAUCCAAGACGGUUGUCUGCAUGGAAGGCCCUGCCUUCAGCACGCGUGCGGAGUCCAACAUGUACCGACAGCUCGGAGGCGACAUCAUCAACAUGUCUGUCUUGCCCGAAGCCAAGCUCGCCCGUGAAGCCGAGCUGGCAUACGUGCUCAUCGCCACGGCUACCGACUACGAUGCCUGGCGUGCAAGCUCCGCCGCGGUCAACGUCACCGAAGUGCUCGAGGCGCUGAAAAGCAACGUCGUUGCGAGUCAGCAGGUGACACUCGCGUUGCUGGAUGAGGUGCAUCAGCGUGUCAAGGAAGACGACAGCCCUGUCGUCAAAGCCAACAAAGGUGCGAUGCAGUUCGCGAUCAUGACCAAACCAGAUGCGAUACCACAAAAGGCAAAGGAGAACCUCAAGUUUGUCUUCCCUGAAUACUUUUAGAACAUAUGUAUCCAGAUAGAAAUGAGAAGGAGAACCCUCUAUACAUUGUUGAAUUUGCCGUAUGGAUGCUACCAUAACUUUCACGUCCAU